UUGUCUCUUCCCCUGCAUUCUUACUGUUUUUGGCGGCACGCUUCGUCCACCAGGUGCCACCGUCGAUGUCAUCCCUCUCGUAAGCGCGGGCCAUCUCCGAUUCCGGGAGGUCAACCUCCUUCUGGCGAUGGGUUUCAAACGAUCUGGGCCGUUGGAGCUCCCGGAGAUGUACGGCAAUGAAUCAGUUCAUGAAUAAAAUUUUAAUAAUUUUGUUUGUGAAACACUGUGUGCUGGGUUGUCGAUGAAGGAAGCUGCAACGAAGCGACGGCGUUGCAGAGGCUGAAGAGGAAGAGGAAGAGGAAGAGGAAGAGGAAGAGGAAGAGGAGGGUGGUAGGGAACUGAUACGUGCCUACCGGCGUUGGAGCAGCCUCGUGACGGCCCUCGGCGGUGCGAUCCUACCAGGAACAAAGGGCUUUGACUGUCGGACGACGCUAUGGAUUUCUCGUCCGUUACGUACUCCGGCGGCUGGAAGCCUGCCUCGGCGGCGGCGGCGGCGUCUCACUAUGGAGAUCGGCCCACUGCCACCGGCACCGAUAACCUCGGGCCUCUGCUGCAGAACCUCUCGAUCAUCCAAGGAAAGUUGGAGACCGUCCAUCGGAUCCUGUUGGACCCGAUAAACUCGGGGCAGACGAUGGCGAUGUCGAAGGAAAUCGACUCUGCGAUCUGCGGUAUCAUCUCUAGCGGCUCCGCGCUACUCCAGUUUUGCGGUCAAGGGCUUGGCCAAGCUCCGGGACUUCAGCCGGGUGUGGAAAACCCUGCCGUGUCUGCCCCACCGCCGCCGGCGAUGCAGAUUGGCGGUCGGACUGGCGGAGCGGGUGGGAAAUACGAUAUCGUGGAGAUCGACGCGGUGGAGCUCCUGACGGAGCACGUCCACUUCUGCGAGAUAUGCGGGAAGGGGUUCAAGAGGGACGCGAACCUCCGGAUGCACAUGCGCGCCCACGGCGACCGGUACAAGUCGCAAGAAGCGCUCGCGAAGCCUGGCCGGACGGCGGAUCCGGCGGUAGAGUUGCUCGAGAAAGUUCGGUUCUCGUGUCCCUUCGUCGGUUGCAACCGGAACCAGCGCCACCCGAGGUUCCGGCCUCUCAAGUCGGCCAUCUGCGUCAAGAACCACUUCAAGCGCAGCCACUGCCCCAGGAAGUACUCGUGCAACAAAUGCAACCGGAAAACGUUCUCUGUUCUCGCCGAUCUCAAGAGCCACCUCAAGCAUUGCGGACGGACGCGGUGGGCGUGCUCUUGCGGAACGACUUUCUCCAGGAAGGACAAGCUCUUCGGUCACAUGGCCCUCUUCGAGGGCCACAUGCCGGCGGUGAACCAGCUGCCGGAGGAGACCAAGAAGGAGGAGCAGCGACCGGAGGCGGAGGCAUCCGGGACAAUCAGAGGGACGGUGGAGAAGGAGUUGCAGGCGAUUGACGAGAGGUACUUCGAUAGUUUGGGGGAUGAUUUCUUCGGGUCAGAGUUUGAGAUGGAGAUGGGGUUAGGCUAUUCCGAUGUAGUACCCGCCGACGAUGCUUUCAGGGAACAGUUAUAGAGAUGGCGGUACAGGAACUCUACAUUUUUGUAUCUUCGUUUUCAGUUUCUCAAGAGUAGGAUGCAUGUUUAUUUUUAGGCUUAUCAGCGCUGAACCUUGCACUUCCUUCGCACCAAAAUUUUCCUCCUCUUUUC